UUUGUUGUUGUUGAGUUGUAUGAGUUGUUUGUAUAUUUUGGAGAUUAAUCCCUUGUUGAUUGCAUUAUUUUGCAAAUAUUUUCUUCCAUUUAAUCCAUUUCUUAACCCUUGGCUCUGUUGUGGUGGUGGAUUGGAGGAACAAACUUAUUUUUGCACUUAUUAAUGAUAUGUAAUUUGACUAGAUUCACUUGUCCUGGUCAGCUUCCUCAUCCACCAGUCUACACUUGCCAGGUCCUACCUGCUUUACCAGGAAAAUCUUGAGGGUGGGAAGGUAAAAACUGCUCCUUUUCCAUUAAGCCUGUUAGGACAAGCCUUGCUUUUUUAGAUUCUCCUAGGCAAUUAGUGACUGCUGUCAGUUAUGCAUCCUGAGCACACUGUUCCUGUCUCUGGAAAACCUUUCCUACUUACUCAUCUUUACAUCCUUAGUAACUGAUACAGUGCCUGGCAAGUAGUAAGCACUCAGUGGAUAUUUGUUAAAUGGAUGAAUUAAUAUGGUCUCAUGUAGAACGCUCAACUCUACAUGAAUUUAGUUCAUGUUUGUAUAAUAUUUAACUUAAGCUUGAGUAGUAGAAUAAAAUUUGGUCAGAAAACUUCUAAGUUAAGCAAGAAACUUAGCAAUCAUAUAUGUGUGACUGAGGGCUGUAGUGGGACUUGGUCAUUAUAAGACAAAAUGGACCCUUAUCUGAAAAAGGUUAAUUUUGUUAAUUUCCUGUGUAAGAACACAGUUAAAGAGAAAGAAUGGGUACCUGGCCAAGCAGCAGCUGGUGCAUCUGUUGAUGAAGACGUGUGUAAUUUGGGUUGGUUGUAGUAGCGCAGGCCAAAUGGGAAAAGCAAAUCACUCUUCCUUUUCCCAUUUUUAAUAGCAAAUUAAUUUCUGAGUGUGAAAACAUUUCUGCAGCUGCCACUAAAAUUGGCAAAUAUUUUUCUAAAUAAAUAAUACAUUUCAGAAACAAAUUUUAACAGGCAACAUAUUUCUGGCUGUUGUAUUUGCUCACAAACGUUUCAAAUUUGGAAAUAUUUAUUUUAAAUAUCUUGGAGAUACCAGUGUUUGGAAUUUUGAAGACAACAAAUCUUUCAUCAGUGGGGAAAUGCUACCCAACAGAAAUGUGUAAAAACGCAUGUACAGUUAUGUUACUUGAAACACUUGACAAAAAUACUGUUACAAUCGCAGUGAGAUCCUGCACAUAUUUUCCCAAACGUUUCAGUCAUUUCAGAAUUUUGCCAGUGACUAUGCAACCAUUUUGGCCACAGCUCAGUAGGACUAGUUCAGCUUUGUAAAUUUAAUAGAAUUCCCCCAACUUCUCCAUCCCUUCUUUCCUCCAGAAUAGUUUGGGACCACAACUCCUCUGAAGCCUUAAAAAUCCAAGAGAAAAAAUCAUUAUAAAUAGAAAUAGGCAUUUUACCUUAAAAUACGUCUAGGAAGACAUUUGAGGGCAAUUCAGUUUUUUUGUGGCCAAGGAUUCUGGCCAUUUGGGGAGAAAAAAAAUCUUGUCAAAAGUGGAAGGAGGGGCUUCCCUGGUGGCGCAGUGGUUGAGAAUCCGCCUGCCAGUGCAGGGGACAUGGGUUUGAUCCCUGGUCUGGGAAGAUCCCACAUGCCGCGGAGCAACUAAGCCCGUGAGCCACAACUACUGAGCCUGCGUGCCGCAACUACUGAAGCCCGGGCGCCUAGAGCCCAUGCUCCGCAAUGAGAAGCCACUGCAGUCAGAAGCCCGCGCACUGCAACGAAGAGUAGCUCCUACUCGCCGCAACUAGAGAAAGCCCGUGCACAGCAGCGAAGACCCAACACAGCCAAAAAUAAAAUAAUAAAAUAAAUAAAUUUAUUUGAAAAAAAAAGUGGAAGGAAGGGGAACAGUUCAAAUGGAGAUAUCAAAGAGGAAAUUGUAACUUUUAAAAAAUACCCCGUGACUCGGGAACACCUGAAUUUCAAAAUUAUUUUUAUUUUUAUUUGUGUGUGUAUUAAAAAGCAUCCGUGUCGGAGGCGUGGCAGGGCUUGGAGGCCCGGCCGUGCGUGGCAGCAGCCAGGGAGCCUGAGGCCGGGGCGUCGUGCGCAGGCGCUACCCAGCUGGGCUGUGAGGCGCCUGAGGCCUCGGCUGCGAGGCCUUCCCGAUGAAAGUUGGGGCUCUGCGGAGCAGAGCGGAGGCUGCGCCCGGCCCUUGGGCCGGGUAGAAGGCCGACGGGCCCACUCCCCUGUGCGCUGUGGAAGCGGCGGCGGGCGAUGGACGCCCUAGAGGAAGAGAGCUUCGCGCGGUCCAUCUCUUCCGCCUCUGAUGCAGAAUUUGAUGCUGUGGUUGGAUAUUUAGAGGACAUUAUCAUGGAUGAUGAGUUCCAGUUAUUACAGAGGAAUUUCAUGGACAAGUACUACCAGGAGUUUGAAGACACAGAAGAGAAUAAGCUCACCUACACACCUAUUUUUAAUGAAUAUAUUUCUUUGGUUGAAAAGUAUAUAGAACAGCUGUUGGAGCGGAUUCCUGGAUUUAACAUGGCGGCUUUCACUACAACUGUACAGCACCAUAAAGAUGAAGUGGCCGGUGACAUUUUCGACGUGCUGCUCAUGUUUACAGAUUUUCUGGCUUUCAAAGAAAUGUUUCUGGACUGUCGAGCAGAAAAAGAAGGCUGGGGACUGGACUUAAGCAGCGGUUUAGUGAUGACUUCAUUGUGCAAAUCAUCUUCUGUGACAGCUAGACUAUGACUAUGACUCCUACUAUCACAGCUAGUCUUGGCUGUUGGAAUCAAUUUAGAGAGUUGUCCUUUACCUAAAAGGUACUUGUGAAAAUCAAUUCCUAGUCUUACAUGUACAGUCCUUGUAUCACUUCACUGUCUUCUACUGGUCCCGAUGUAGUCCCAUUGUUUCUAUAACUCUCAUUUACGUGUGUUUGAAAACAUAUUUUUAUAGAUGAAUACUCAGGCUAACCUAGUGGACAUAAUCUUGGAACUUCCAUAAUUACUCACUUCAAGAUCAAAGUAUUGCUGUGUGCUUUUUAGCUGUUGAUGCUAUGAAAGCAAAAAUGCUUUCUGUGUUGGUGUUCCUAUUUUACUGGGCACCAAUGAAUGUGUGCUGGAAGUAGUCUAAAAGGUUUCCUUUUCUUAGAGCAUGUUAGUGUUUGUGCAGGUUUGCUUAAAACGCUUUCUGUGUAAAACAGCUCCUUAGGUUUUCUGUUGGGGUAGGGGCUCGGCACUUCCUUCUUGCUGUCAGAAUAAUCCUACCAAGAUAGUGUUCCACUGGUCUAGCUCAGUAGGAGAUAACAAACAGCUUUACUGGUCAUCUGUCUGCUUGGAUUUAGUACACUCGUUUA